AUGGGAGACUUUAACUCUAUGCUGCUUUCUGGUGAUAAAGUUAAUGGUAAUGCUGUUAAUCAUGCUGAAACCCAAGGUUUUGAAGGUUGCUUAGAUUUUACUGAGCUGACUGAGGUGAAAAGUUGUGGACAUUUCUUCUCCUGGAGUAAUAAGGGGCAGGGUCAGUCAAGGAUAUGUUCUAGAAUUGAUAGAGUUUUUGGUAACACUGACUGGCAUAGUAGGUUUCUUGAUGUUGUGGUGGAUUACAUGAAUCCAGGGAUAUCAGAUCAUUCUCCACUAGUUCUGAGUUGUAGUAUUAAUAUGAAAAAUGGUGGUAGGCCUUUUAAAUUCUUCAAUUACAUGGCAGGUCAGGAUGACUUCCUAGAGGUUGUUCAAAAGGGAUGGAACACUAAUGCUAGUGGCACCCCUAUGUUUACUUUAUGGCAGAAAAUGAAAGCAGUAAAAGGUGGUUUGAAGGCUCUUCAUCACAGAUAUUUUGCUAGACUAAAAGAGAAGAUUGAUCUUAUUAGACAGGAACUGGAUGUGGUGCAGUCUCAAUUGGCUAACUCUUAUACUGAUAGCCACCUCCAAGAUCGGGAGAAAGAGUGUAGUUUGAAACUGAAGAAGUUUCUUAAAGUGCAAGAAAGAGAGAAACUGGAAACUAUUGAUGCUAUCAAAGAGGAGAUUAAAGGGUUCUAUGUGAGCCUUAUUGUUAGAAAAGGUAAUCGGCUCUCACCUGAUGUUGUAGAAAGUUUGAUUCAACCUGUUACUAACUUGGAGAUUGAUGCUGCCUUAAAAGGAAUUGACAAUAAUAAGGCUCUUGUGACUUUGGUGCCUAAGGUUCAGAAUGCUACUCAUGUGAAAGAAUUUAGGCUAAUUGCUUGUUGUGCUGUCAUUUACAAGUUGAUCUCCAAAAUCUUGACUAAUAGAAUGCAACCUGUGAUAAGUGACGUUGUCAUUUCAGCUCAAACUGGGUUUAUUCCAGGAAGGGCAAUCUCAGAUAACAUUCUUUUGGUUACAGAAUUGAUCAAAUGCUACUCAAAAUCUUAUGUGUCUCCCAGAUUUUCCCUCUCAUCCUAUUCCAGCAAAGAAAGGAUUAAGGCAAGCUUCUGGGUUGGAAGCCAAUCUAAUGAAAGUGAAGUGUAUCUGGCUAGUGUGACUGAUACAGUAUCUAGUAACCUUCUUUCUAAGUUAGGUAUUCGUAUGGGUUCUUUCCCUUUUAAGUACCUUGGGGUGCCUCUAACCACUAGAAAGCUGAGUUUCACUGAUUGUAAGCCUCUUAUUGAGAAGAUUGUAGCUAGAGUUAAAAGCUGGGUAGCUAAGCUGCUAUCUUAUGCAGGAAGACUUCAGCUUAUCAGAUCAGUGUUGUUUGGCAUCCAGUUGUAUUGGUCUCAAAUCUUUGUGAUGCCCAAAAAGGUAAUGAAGGAGAUUCAAAGGAUUUGCAGGUGCUUCUUGUGGGCUGGUUCUGAAGGUGGUUCUAGAAAAGGUCUUGUAGCUUGGGAACACUUGUGUUUACCUAAGAGCUGUGGGGGGUGGAACCUUAAAGAUCUAACCAUUUGGAAUAAAGCUUCCAUCACCAAACACUGA